AUAGCGGAAGCGUCGGGAAAGGAGCUAGACAGGUUCUGGCGCGUCAAUGUGAAGGGCACGUUCUAUGUGAGUGCGGCUAUGAAACGGCAGGACGUCCUGAGCGUACCAUCGCGCACCGGUCCCCGAGAAGUUGGCGGGGGGGCUAUCAUUGCCCUCGGAUCAUGCAAUUCCUAUGUGGCCACACCGCAAAUCGUGCAGUACACCACGGCCAAGCAUGCAGUGCUUGGUAUGGUCAAGGAUGCGGCACUUGAUAACGCACCAUACAAGAUCCGUGUCAACGCCGUUUGUCCGUCUUGGGUCGACACCCCAAUGACGGGCGAGGCCAUCGAAGGCGAUGCCGACCUCAGACACAUUAUUCGUCGAGUAGUGCCACUCGGCCGGAUUGCGCACCCAGAAGAGGUCUCAGACGCUAUCAUGUUCCUGAGCAGCCCUAGAUCCAGCUAUAUGACCGGAGGUGGUCUGCUCGUCGACGGCGGAGCUACAUUACAGCUUCAGAUCUAA